CGCGAGCGGCGAGCGCCGAUCAGUGCCGCGCUGGUCGUGGUGUGUGUUGGAUGUCUUCAGCUCUUCUCUCGCUCCUCGCGUGAGCCGCAAAGUGUUACACAAAUCAAGUUUAAUUGAACUUACAAAUAAUCACAUUUUCACGUACCGCACGCCUAAACAAUAACUGUAGUGUUGUGAGAACAAUUUUAAAAACUCUGAGUGACAAAGCACUGAAUGACAAAUUCGCGACAAAAGAACGGAACUGUGAAGCUCUUCACUUGCAUACGCCAUAAGAGCCCCAAGUUGCAGUGGUGUGUGUCAAUGAGCCAGCAAGACCCGGGGCUGGGAGGGCUGUCUGCCUGGACACACAGCACCGCAUCUACACCUACAACACCCAUCAAUACACGGGUGCCCUCCCCCUCCAAACCAACCACAGCGUGAUACUUUACGUGCCUGUGACCUUCCCCUGACCCAAGAUGACCUCCAUUUUGAAUUACACAUGCAUUUUGAUACUGACAGCAUAAUACGAAGGGAAAAUAAGACGCCCCAUCAGCAUCACGCAGCUGAUGCUUCAUGAAUACACCGGUGAUGCUGCGAGAAAGAGUGGCAGCACCAGCAGCCCUCCCUCGGGCACCUAUACGAGUAUACCGGAAGGCUGCAUACACUACCUCUUACUCACCUGAGCCUCGCUGACUCAGCCCCCGCACCGCUACCCACUUACACCAUGAUCUUUUCACCGACGCACGUACCUUGUGGUUCGCAAGGCUGUCGCACUGCCAGUUACGCGGGGAACCUUCGUCCACCUCCGAGUUCAGCCUACACCCCACCAACACCACCGUGCCUGAGGGGGAGCAGGCCAUCCUCAAGUGUUUGAUGAAAAGCCAGGUGCAUGCAUGCCGCUGGUACUUUCUGGAGUUGGGAUAUAACUUCUUUGAUAAGAAGUCCUCACCAUUACUAGUGAAAGAGUUCAAACCUGCCCAGCAACGUGACUGCUCCAUAAGGAUAAAGAAGGUGCGUAAGAUCCAGGAGGGCCAAUGGCUGUGUGAGGCCAUCAAAUUCCACUCUCCAAAUACCCUAAAGACCCACCCUGUUGUUCUAAGAGUUGUCACCAGAGCAGAAAGACCUGACUGGAUACCCCCAGGUGACAUCAAUGUCUCCACCCCAAGACAAAGCCGCCACCAUGAUGACAAGGAUGAGGCAGGAACUGCACUGGAGGUGAGCUUUGAGUCUUCUCCAAAUGACCACAUUCAGAACACAAAGCUGGAAGAGUCUGUGGUACUCAACUGUAAAGUCAAUAAGCCUCUGACCUCCUGCACUUGGGUUAUGCCCAGUGGCUCAUCCUUCAAUGUGUCGCAAGAGGAAGAACAGCUUAAUAAGUUUGAAACAUCUGUUGGAGAUUAUAGACUGGAAGGAGACCUGAAGGAAGGCCAAUGCUCCUUGCUAGUGGGCAGAGUGCAGCACAAAGAUGAGGGUGAUUGGCAGUGUGUUGUGCAAGUGGCAGGCCAAGAAAAGGAGAUCCAAGGACCACUCCGCCAUCUCCACAUUACAGAUCUGCCUUACCCUUCCAAUCAUAGCCAUGGAGGCGAACCUCUUGUGGCCCCUACUGAAGGUUCUUCAAGUGUACUGGUGAUUGUUCUGGUGUUCACCUCCAUCAUCCUCCUGGUUCUUGUUAUCCUCCUAUUUACUUGCCUCUACCGGAGGGUGGCAGCUGUAUCAGAUGAGACCCACAAGAUCCUGCAGGCAUCACCACAAAACAGCCUCAACCGCCUACCACACAAGACUUUCCCCAACACAGAUUUAACAGCAGCCUCUGUCCUGGCUGUGGAGUCAAUGAAGUCCAGCCCUGCCAAGAGUAAGGACCUGGACUGCUACAACCAGUAUCUGGACAUGACAGGAUCUAAUGACAGUGCUGGAAGUUAUGUCAUGAUGCCACCACCCAGCCUCAGGUCGUCUGUAUCUUCCAGGACCACACUCUCCACCCUAUCCACUCUGCCCAUUGGUCGUGCUCGCUCAGCAAGCAGCAGUACCAUGUUGAGCAGAGCUUCCCCUGGGCCACACAACAUGUUAGAUAACCCUUCAUAUGACCCAAGUACUUUACCAAAGGAUGGUUUUUCCCGUCAAGAUUCCUCCUUCUAUACUGACCAUAUUUAUGAAGAAAUCAAGGAAAAAUGUGAGGAGCUAGACAAAAUGGAGAAAAUGCCAGAGGCAAUCAACCCAACCUACACCAACCUUCUGCAGGACUGUGAAGGAUACCUUGUUCCUAGGAAAAGUCCUGAUGGUGAGAUGACUCAGGCUCAUCCUGUUUUCCAUUCCAAUAAUGUUCUUUCCCAGCAUACAUUGCCAAGACAAACUAUCAAGGCACCUGUAAAUUCAAACACUGAACAGGCACCUCCCUAUUCUCGUGUGGGCCAGUGUGGCUUGGUGCCUGCCAGCCCCACACCAGAGACAGCUGCCAACCCUGGUCCUGGCUAUUCAAGGGUUGGGUCUGGGAAUUCUGAUGGGGAUGCCAUGCCCACAGAUCCCAUGGAAAGAUAUGAUGUGCCCAGAUCAUCCCCAGUAGCAGUGCCUCUCCCAUUAAACAUUCCAGUCUCAUCUGAGGCCUACGUUAAUGGUCUUGAAGUCUCAUCUGAGGUAUAUGCCAAUGGUCUUGAAGGUACAAUAGUCUGAGCUAAAAGUGAUAAGCUUAUAGUUCAGGGAAAUAAGUGCCAGAUUGUCAUAGUUGCCCAAAUGCAAAGAAAGGGAUAAUGCUUGAUUCUAAUAUCAUACAUACUGUUGCAUGAUAUUCAGAUGUGCUAUCAGUAAAUCAUGUCUCUGAUAUAAUGCAUAAUAGUGUCCUUAGUUGGAAGGCUUUGAAGGUGUUUAUUGUAAAUAUUCAGAGGAAUCUAUUACAUCUUACCAAAGUUUUCCUGCUGUGUAUAAUAACAAGAACAAGGGCCAAACAAAUACUAAUCUAUCAAUUAUGCAAACCUCAUUCCAAGAGAUAUGUGUCCUGCAUUCAGUGUCCUUGAACAGUGCAUAUACCCCAAGAUAGGCUACCUGUACUUCAUACUCUUCUAUUGUGCAGCUGAGAGAUUAUAGUCAUUGGUGACAUAAUGAUGGAAUUUCUCCUCAUAAUAGCAUAAACUACCUCUCACUUUUGCUCUGUAAGUCAAGUGUUCAUGAAAUAUCUCCAUGUAAAUAUAGCUUAGGUCCGCAUGUAUAUUGUGCAUUGUGCAUUUAUAGUCUUCCUUGUCCUGCCGAAAGCUUAGCUCCUUAUCAAUGUACAGCCAGUUUUUCCUCUGUAGAUAUUUAUAAUGAGGUAUAUAUGUUUUUUGCUUGCCAAAAACUUUGCUCCUUAUCACUGUACAGCUGGUUCUUGUUAUGUAAAUAUUUAUAAUAAAAUAUAUAUGUUUUA